CCAGACAGUUCAGUAGUUCGCACCAUAGCAAGUACAUAGCAUGUAGUCUUCAGCUCUACACAAUUCCACGUGUAUUUAAUAUUUAAUCCAUCAGUUAAAAAAGUGUCCUGGUGGUAAUAAUAGUAGUAAUAAUUAUUGUCUAGUUACAUAGCAAAGUAAAUAGUCCGUACAGUCUCAAGAUACAAGCAAUUCUCGAAAGUGUAGUACCAAUCAUAAUAAUUAACUCACUUACGAUUAGCCAGUGGUCUCCAUAUCAGUCUAUUUUCCCGUUGAACUCAUCUAGCUAGAUUUCAAUGGACGCUUUAACACGUAAAAGUCUGAUAUAUAACACAAUCAACCUUUCGUACCUGAAAUAACUUUACCUGAAGUAAAUGAAACUCUUCCUACUUGUGGUUUUGCAAUGAAGGGGAGGAAAAAUAUGAAUAUUCAUUGUUGCUCAUUAGAAUUUCCAUUUACGUGGCAGCUGAAUUAAUAAAUGCGCCAGAAAUAAGCAUAAUAAAUUAACGAACCUGAAUGGUGGAGGAAGAAUAACAUUAAUGUCAUCGUGGGUGAAAGCAUGCUCAAGGUUGAAAUAGCCAGCACUUGAGUGUGAAGUGGUAGUGGACGAAUAGGCCGACGAUGAACAAAAGUACCGUGCUCAACAUGAGGACCACUUGUUGGAGAUGGUCGUUGAAGAGCAACUACGAUUUCCUCAUUCUUUCCCUCGUCAUACUCUUCAGCCUCGGUCACAUUGCAACCAGUUCGAAAUUUGAACGAGAGCAGGUCAAUGGCGACAAGAGUCUGUUCCAAGAAGACUUCAACUUUCACCCGGAAUACUGGACGCAUGUUGAGAGAGCCCAGAGAUAUGCUAAAUGCGUGGAAAAAGAAGUACAGCCCGUGUUGGACGAGUACAAUUUAAUCAUGCGACCAGCCUCCUGUGGAAGCAGUCUAAUAUGCGACGAGUGCAUCCAGGCCGUGAACCAAACAAAAGUACAAUUUUCUGGAUUUAAGAAAAAUGUGGACUCUCCAAUUCCAUUGUUACACUGCACUUCCCACGUUGGCGUCUCCGUUGGCAGUAGCCAAAAAGACUUUAAGACAUAUUUUCGUAUUGAGUAUCCAACUCCAAAUCACCCUAAUGCAUCAGCACUGAGGAUGGCAGACCCUCCUCGAAUAUUCGUCGUGGAGAAGCAAGUGGAUGGAAAGUGGGAAGCGGUGAUUCUCCAACUUUUUUGGCUUUUUCCGUUAGAAACCAAAGCUCACAGCACUUAUCGCGUUCGAGUCACAGCCGUGUCGGCAAACCAUGUUUAUUAUCCACAGCUAUCAGAGCCCAUUACACUUUAUGACGCCAACACGCAAACAAUUGGAACACCAAAAAAUUUUCGAGUGGUGGACACCUUGGUCAACACUAAAGCAGCCAGAACCGCUCCCACUCUCAUUCUGAGAUGGGAAAGUGGGUCCGGAAUGAACGCAUCGUGCGAUUGGGAUAUUUACUAUUUGGAGGAAGUACAGAAAAAGAUUGAACAAUCCAAGCCAGAACAAGCAUUUUGGGCCGUUCUCGAUAAAAUUCAGUUCGAGAAAACGUACACGAUCAACAUAAUGGAAAAAUUCGGCUUUGGUCGGGAGUCAGGACCGGCUCAUAUUAUUGUCAACGUUGAAUCGUGCUUGACACUUGCGAAUUUUAACCUUAGUCUUUGUCCACCUCCACCACCAGCCAACGUACGCGUAGAAAAUGAGACCGCAUCUUCCUUUUGGAUUGCGUGGGAUGGUUUUUACGACCAGAAUUCUAUUAGCCAAAUAUCCUACUACAACAUAACGGUUGACAGAUACCUGAACGUGAACAAUCCUGGAAUCUAUAGAGCAUCAAAACCCCUUUUCAAAAGUUCAGUUCCUGGGAAUCAAACACGAAUAGAAGUGAAAAACAUAACUGGUCCUCAGUCCAUUAAAAUCUUAGUUGUGGCCAAGAGCAUUGGGGGAAUGUCAGAGCCGUCAGAGGGACGAGCAGUAGUUCAUUUCUUGAAAGAUGAUGUCCCAUGGACAAAAAGUUUGGAGAAGUUUUGGAUGGUGAUUGUCAUUGUGGUUAUUUUGUUGAUGACAAUCGUGGUAAUUUUGUAUUUGAAAAGUUUCCGCGACCGAUUACAUCGAAAUAAAGAAAAGAAGGAAAUGUGGAAGAAAUGGGAUGAAGAGACGCCUACUCCACACGUCGAUCGCUAUCCAACAAAAUGGGAAAUAGACUUUGGAAACCUAGUUUUGCAUGACGUUGUGGGCAAAGGACAAUUUGGAGAGGUUAGAAAGGCUACCUUGUAUCGCAAAGGGGGUAAAACAACCGUGGCAGUCAAAACUCUUCGGGUGCAACCCGACACGACGUCUGAUGAUGAUGAGACAGAAGAUGGAUCAUUGGCGAAGGACAUAAUCGACAAGUUUUUUCGUGAGGAGUUUGAGAUUUUGAUGGGGAUCGAGCCACAUCAACAUGUGGUUGGCCUUGUCGGUCUUGUACGAGAGCCAACUCCGGCACUAGUUGUGCAAUUUUGUGACGGUGGAGAUUUACAAACUCAUUUGAGGAAGGCUGCUCCAGUAAAAGUGGACAGAAAGCGAUCAUCUCCCGUUCCAUCCAUGAUGGGGUCCAUGGUCCAACUUCAGUCAAAUGCGGAGGUUCGUGUACAACUGAGCAUGGUUACAAACGAAGCUUACUUUAUUAAGACGAACGACGAUAUUGGGUGUAGCGUCAGUCCUCUAGAUUUACUGUCGUAUGCUCGACAAGUGGCGUGUGGAAUGGAAUUCCUUUCCAACAAUAAAAUUAUCCAUCGAGACCUUGCAGCCAGAAAUAUCUUAAUUAAAUUCGACGGACCGGAAAAGAACCGUGUUUUAAAAAUUGCAGACUUCGGACUGAGUCGCGACGUUUAUGAGCAGAAUUGGUAUAAGAAAAGAUCCAAAGGCAAAAUUCCAGUCAAAUGGCUGGCCAUCGAAUGUCUUUUGAAAGAAGUAUACACCAUAAAAUCGGACGUUUGGUCGUACGGUGUCCUUCUCUGGGAGAUUGUCACGUUCGGAGCUACUCCGUACCCUGGGAUUGAUAACGUCAGAAUGUAUGAUGUACUAAAGGACGGAUAUCGAAUGACGAAACCAGAAAAUUGCUCUAAAGAGUUGUUUGAUUUGAUGACACAAUGUUGGGAUGAAGACCCAGAUGCUCGACCAGAUUUCACCACCAUUCGCAGAAAAAUUGAAGAACUAAUUGGAAAUUGCGGUGAUGCAGCUAAUUAUUUAAACCUUGAUUCAACAGGAACUAUUCAAUAUUCCGAGUUGAUGGAACCCUUGCGCAUUGAUGCAUUAAUCUAAAACAAAGUAAAAACGGGCAAAUGGACAAACCUUCAACAAAUAAAGUGGUCUAAAAGUUCUUGAAACAAACAAACAACGAGUUUCAAACAAAUCAUGAUUGCAAAUCAUUAUUAUUCAUGUGACGCAAAAAAUUUACAUAAAUGAAUCUCUCUCAACUUGGCAAGUUUCGUACAUACGUAUUUGUCAGUACUUAUUAUUCUUGGACUUAUGUUGAAUUACUUACUAGUGUAUUUAGCUAAGGAUAAGUAUCGAUGCACAGCCAACAGCUUUAUUUAUUUAAUAAUUGUACUUGAGGUGUUUUUGAGAAAUUUGACUGUAUAACAUCAUAAAACAAUAAUGUUGAGAAUAGCUGUAGUAAAACCUCUAACUAAGCAAUUUUUAGUACAAUGUAAGCCUAGUAUUAGUUCUAAAAUAUGUUGGCAUAUAUAUAUAUUCAAAUGUAAUAUGCAAUAUUUAUAUCGCGAUAGCCUUUUAAUUCCAACUGAUUUUAUUGCAGUAAAAACGUACAAAAAAAUUAUUUUUAUGAGAGAGAUGUGUAUUUUGUGUGUGGAAAUAUAUAUUGGCAUUCUUGGCAAUGAAAUGAUGUACUUACAACCAUUUUGUAUUUUUAACAGUCGUUAUACGACAAGGAGUAAAUUGUUUAUUUUGGAAAAUAGGUUACCUCCAAAAAGAGACGGUUUAAAUGCCCACAUGUGUAAUGCGAAUAAAUAAAUAAUUUUGAGCAGUGCA